AUGGGGUUGAUACCCGAAGGUCUGUUUGAUGUCAUUUUAUUAUAUUUAAAGAUGCAGUAUUCUGAAGAUCCUGUUUUUACCAACCAUUUAAAUGAAAUUUCUUCAAGAUAUGAAGCGGUAAUCUUGGAUGAUAAUCCAUUUUUCAACCCUGCUAAACCAGCUGUUGAACGAAGUCUUAUUCUAACCUCGGGUUUAGCUUCAACUUCUAAAACUUAUGAUGCGUCUACUAAUAAAUCAGUGAAAAUAGAGGGUAGAAGAUUGUAA